AUGUCGAGGUUGAGCCUCUGGUCAUGCUUCACUCCGAUACUCAUCGUAGCGGCUCAAUACAACGCUCCUCCAUUGCCGACAGUGGCCGCCGCUCCUCCACAGCCACAAUAUGGCGCCUCAAAUCCGGUGUACAACUCGGCGGCCUCCACGUAUCCAUGGCUGGCUCAAAGUGUCUACGAUCCGGUGAUCAAUCACGUGUGCACAGAUGACACGAACUUCUCGUACACACCGUCGACCUCGUGGAAACACGGCGACUACAGCAGUGAGCAUCAUCGACGACAUCGUCACAUUCACCGUGUCACAUGCUCUCGUUUGGCGAUCAAAUACGAGGAUCACUGUACUCGGUGUUGCCGAAUUGCCGCUCAACCCGUGCCAGGAGUCAGCCCGCAUGUCGUCAAGGGAAUGAUCCUCAGCCACAAGCACAAACCCGGAGACAAAUCGGAGAACCGUUGCAUUUGCUGUGCUCCCGAGCUUCCACCUGAUCAGACCUACUAUCAGAAUUCGCUCGUACAACCGGCUUAUCCACAGCAAAACUAUCAACAACCACAAACUGGAUAC